AUGGGCCCCGCUAUGGAGCGGAGGCAGCGAGGAUGCUGCGGAGCCCCAGCCUGGGGGUGCCGUCGCCUGCUGCCCUUUCUCAGCGCCCUGCUCUGCGCUUGUGGAGACACUAGCGUCGGUCCGGUAGGGACGGGGAGCAGCGAGCUUCCAGCUAUGAGUUGGUUAAAAAGCUAUGGUUAUCUGCUUCCAUCUGAUACAAGAAUGUCUGCUCUGCUCUCAGGAAAAGUUAUGCAGUCCGCAGUCACCACUAUGCAGCAGUUUUACGGCAUCCCUGUAACAGGAGUGUUGGAUCAGACCACUAUUGAGUGGAUGAAAAAACCUCGCUGUGGUGUUCCUGAUCAUCCCCAUCUAAGCCAUAGACGAAGGAUUAAGCGAUAUGCACUUACUGGACAAAAAUGGAGGCAGAAGCAUAUUACCUACAGUGUACACAACUACACCCCCAAGGUUGGAGAACUUGAUACAAGGAAAGCCAUUCGACAAGCAUUUGAUGUUUGGCAGAGAGUGACUCCACUUACCUUUGAAGAAGUUCCUUACCAUGAAAUAAAAAGUGACAGAAAAGAGGCAGAUAUCAUGAUAUUUUUUGCUUCUGGUUUCCAUGGUGAUAGCUCUCCUUUUGAUGGGGAGGGUGGAUUUCUAGCUCAUGCUUAUUUUCCUGGACCAGGAAUAGGAGGUGAUACUCAUUUUGACUCAGAUGAGCCCUGGACACUGGGAAGUUCUAAUCAUGAUGGAAAUGAUCUUUUUCUGGUUGCAGUACAUGAAUUGGGUCAUGCAUUAGGCCUUGAGCAUUCCAAUGACCCUAGUGCUAUUAUGGCUCCUUUUUAUCAGUACAUGGAGACACACAACUUUAAGUUACCCCAAGAUGACCUUCAAGGAAUUCAGAAGAUCUAUGGUCCACCUGCUGAACCGCUGGAACCCACCAGACCUUUACCAACCCUUCCUGUCCGCAGAAUCCAUUCAACUUCAGAAAGAAAACAUGACAGACACUCACGGCCUCCCAGGCCUCCUCUAGGGGACAGGCCUUCUGCUCCUGGCAGCAAACCCAACAUAUGUGAUGGAAAUUUCAAUACUGUGGCUCUGUUCCGAGGAGAAAUGUUUGUUUUCAAGGACCGCUGGUUUUGGCGUCUUCGUAACAGUCGAGUACAAGAGGGUUAUCCCAUGCAAAUUGAGCAGUUCUGGAAAGGGCUCCCAGCAAAAAUUGAUGCUGCCUAUGAAAGAUCUGAUGGAAAAUUUGUUUUCUUUAAAGGAGAUAAGUAUUGGGUUUUUAAGGAAGUGACAGCAGAACCAGGGUAUCCGCACAGCCUAGUGGAGUUGGGAAGCUGUCUUCCCCGGGAAGGGAUUGACACAGCUUUACGGUGGGAACCUGUAGGCAAAACAUACUUCUUCAAAGGAGAUAAAUACUGGAGAUAUAAUGAAGACAAGAGAGCAACAGAUCCAGGCUACCCCAAACCAAUCACUGUGUGGAAAGGGAUUCCACAAGCUCCACAAGGGGCUUUUGUCAGCAAAGAAGGCUUUUAUACUUAUUUUUAUAAGGGUAAGGAAUACUGGAAGUUUGAUAACCAGAGGCUGACUGUGGAGCCAGGGUAUCCUAGGUCAAUUCUCAAAGACUGGAUGGGUUGCAACCAGAAGGAAGUUGAACGAAGCAAAGACCGACGCCUCUCUCAUGAUGAUGUUGAUAUUAUGGUAACUAUAAACGAUGUGCCUAGCACCGUUAAUGCAAUUGCAGUUGUGAUCCCCUGCAUUUUAUCUCUGUGUAUCCUUGUCUUGGUAUACACAAUCUUCCAGUUCAAAAAUAAAGAGGUCCAGCAAAGCGUGACAUACUACAGAAGACCUGUCCAGGAAUGGGUAUGA